CGAUGCUCAGUCACAAAACUCUGCUGCAUCGAACAAGUCCGUCUGUCGAGCAAGUAAACAAUAUAAAUAAUAAUAAGAGCCCAAGACCAGUAACCAGCGCUCAAUUCACCUUCCUCUUCUAUCUCCAUCCAAUCUCCAUCCUCCAGCAUCACUACUCAGUGCUCGUGUGUGUAAUUACUCCAAAUCAUAAAUUCUUAUUUUCUCCACUCACCUCAAUUCCCUUCUUAAAAAUAAUUACUCAUUUUUUAUACAACUAAAUUUUUAAAACUCCAUCAGUGUUGUAUUUAAAAAUAAGUGCUGUCUAAAUUUAAUUCAAAUCCAUUUAUUAUUUUGAUUCAAAGUUUUUAUUGCAAUUAAACAUAAAUACAAGCAAGUGUGUGUUCUGCAUCCGUGUUUAAAAUGUGUGCUACAUUACAACAUCGUGGCCAGUAUUCUUACGGUCAAAACAUUGCAGUGUAAAAAUUAAUAAAAACGUGUUCACAUGCUGAGACAAUGUUUAUCACCAAGUGUACUGUGAACGUCUAAUCACUUUCCAUUUCUUGGAUUUAAAUAACUCGAACAGUAAUCGAUUAUUUUUUCACUCUAGCAAGACCUUCUUCAACCUCUUGCUCGUCAACUGCAAAAAAAAAAAUUUAAUUAUUUUUUCAUGUGAUUGUGAUGAAACUUUGUACACAUGACCCACUCGUAGAUUUCGACACCGAUCAUCAUGCACUUGGAGUAGCAGCCGCUCAAUUGUAAACCCAUACAUUUUUAAAAUUAUUAAUUAAAUUAUAAUUGCACCUCAACCAAAGGAUAAUAAUCAGGAUCGUUUCGUAUGACUUGUGAUGACAAAGAAAAUGCCAAAACCAAGCAACUCUCUACUCGUGGGUUAACUUGGUUAAAUGCUAAGGGCAUCGAUACGAGGACAACAUGAGGGAACGUACGCCAUCGGCGGACGACACCCCUAAAAGGGCUCCGCCUGCACCGCUCAGAGAGGCUUCACCAGCGGACGUCGCGGAUGGAAGAGGAACACGCGUCGAGGCGAGCCCGAUCGGUCGUUUUUCGUUGCCGACGGCGAGCAAGAUAAUGGUCGCCUCGACGCACAAUCACGGUGAACUAACUUUGAAUCAACAGCAACAACAAUUUCACUAUCAAGAUAAACAUCUCAGUUAUUACACAAACAACAACAAUAAUAAUAAUAUUAAUAACUACAGUAAUCAUCAUCAAAGCCCCGUGUGCCGAAGCAGUCAAUCGGCUCAAGACAAACGCAGCCGAUUGUCAAACGUAAUAAACAAUUUGAAGCGCAAAGUACCGGAAUCUGUUGUAAGCCGUGAUUCCGUUAAAACAAUAGACAACGAAGACCGAAACAGCGUCGAGAGAAAUCUCGAGACACUGGAAAAAUACGUUAUGACUGUACUAAAUGGAGUAAUAAAAGACGCGGAAACGGAGGGCCGCGUUGGCAGUGGAGGCAUCAAUGGAGUGAUUGAAACCGAAGACUCCAGCAGGUUAAAAGCACCUGCUGACUCCAAGGAGCAGGUUAGAAUAAUUGCUGAUGAGAGUGAUGGAAUAAAUUCUGUUGGUCGUGAGCCGAGUAAGCCCAGCGCUGUCGAACCGGCAGUGCCCGAUGGAAAUAAAAUAGCAGAUAAAAAUGAUAUAUCUGGUAGGAAGGAGGGAGAGGAAAAUAAAAUCGAAGAUGUAGGUACUAGUUAUUGCGAGUUUAAGACGAGUAAACUGUCCGAGGGUAGUAGAGACACUGAAGUAUCCGUUAAAACCAAAGAUUUAAAUGUAUCGUCGUCUUCGCCGUCUUCUUCUUCGUCUUCGGCCUCGUUAAAUGUUACUGCAGCUGCUACUAAGACACUUGAUGUUAUUGAGUCCAGCUCAGAUAACCCAGACGCUGAUACCGCAAUACUGAAAGCAGUAACAUCGAAAGAUAAUGCUGAUCCAGCGGAUCCAAGUGAGCAUCAAACAGGUGUUAAAUUUUUCACCAAUAAAUGUAACUUUGUAUCGAGUGAGGGCAUUAGAAGUAUAUGCCGUGAUUUGUUGAAUGAUUUAUUGAAUGAUAUUGUUCAGUGCGAACAUUCAAUAGAUAAUCAUCCGCCGCAGUCGGUAGGAUCACUGGGUUUCCAUUGCAGUUUGCCGCUAGACAAAGUUGCGCCUGUUCUUAAAUUCUGCGAGCCUGAUGGAUAUCCAGCGUCAUUACAAAUAUCUCCAAAGUCUUCUAUACCCUCUUGUAUUCCUACUCCCAGUCCUACUCCUACUCCUACGCCUACUCCUACGCCUUCUUCUUCAGCUUCCCCAAGUUCAACUUCGUCACCUGCGCCAUCAACUUCUCCUAAGUCAACAUCACCAACAGUAAGACAUUUAUGUCUCUACUGUGACCGUAAGUUUCUAUCGAUUUCACUGCGCCAGCGGCACACCGAACGCGUUCAUCAGCUUAAAGGUGUUGGAAGACGCAGCGAGCGAAAUUCACGUAAGAGCAGUCAAAGCUGUCAAUACUGUACCGAUAAGUAUAGCAGUAGUGGUUCUGGUGACAACUUAGAGGGACUGUUUCAGCAUAUGAUUACGUGUCACUCAGAUAAAUAUCAUGCUUGCAUUCAAUGCAGCACCAGGUACUCAACAAAGGAAGCACUAAAUGUACACACCAGAGAUUUUCACAGUAAUUGUAAUAGCAGUGGUACCGUAAAUGUCGAAAGAACAACCUCUUCCUCAGAAUUAUUGGACAGAUCAAAAGACGUUGCCACUGUUAAAGAGUCACUCUGCACUCGAGAUUUGCCAGAGCAGCAGACUCACCAGUCAUACGAUGACAAAAGACGUAUUGAAAUGUCUUCUACAACUGCCACCACCACCACCACCACUAAUACAACUACUACAACAACUAUUGCAACCACUAGCACUGCUCCAACUUCAACAAAGUUAAAUAUAUUUCCACGUCUGCUGGCUAAUAAAGACUUCAGUAACCCAGCGAGUCCCGAGUUCGACAGCUCUUUUUACAGCAGUGUAAGUUGUAAUAUUCGUGAAAAUCUUCUUCAUCAUAUUGAUGGUAAAUUACUGAGUAAUUCUUCAAUUAAUGAGACUAAGCAAUUGCCCCCUCAACUGCCUCAACCUCCACCAAAUUCUCAGUCUCAGUCUCAACCUCAGACUCAAUCCCAGUCUCAACAGCAUUACCAAACGUUCCAUGAACCCGUCAGUCAGAUCCAGUUUCCCAUAGACAUUUCUCUGACUGCAGCCACGCCUGUAGACAGCAAAGAAUAUUCACCGAGCGACAAGUGUGAAAAUUCCAUCAGCAAGUAUGCACAGAAACCCGGUAAAACAAGUCGCUCGCACCCACGCAGAGUUUCGUUUGAAAAGUACAACUUCCCGAGGAAGUAUGACGGCAAAGAGCAGUGGACUUGUUCGAUAAAAGAUCUCAGCAAGUUUGACAUCUAUACCCAACUGACGUUACGUAAAAAGCAGCAGGUAAUCAAGGAAAAAAUUACACAAAACAGACUGUCUAUUCAACAAUCUAGCUCGUUGUCUAUGAGCAUUACUACUGCGAAUGCCAUCGAUCCCGGGCAGACUGAUUUCAAGGAGGAUCCGAUGAUUGAGUCCAGUGAUCCGGAUGCCACGACACGCUUGACAGAAGAUAAAACUGUAUCCAGUGCUGUUAGUAUUGAUGCUAUUGAUACAAUUGUUACUGAUGCAGACACAGUUAGCAAGGAGUCUGAUAAAAAUUAUCAUUCGAUUCUACAUUCAAAUAAUUUAAAUUCUGUUAGUACUGAAACGAAUACGGGUACGAAUACGAAUAAUAAAAAAUCAAGUACUACUGAAUUUACUCAUGAGUUUAGUAAUUUUAUAAAGUUGAAGCGGUGGGAUGAGUGUCCAACUGAAGCGGGCAAGACCGAUGAAAUAGUGUAUGCAGAGCUUACGGGCGAAUGGUCAAGACCACGAGUUUAUAUAUGCGGCGCUUGCUCUUCGAGAUACUUGACUUUAAAAGAGAUUGAAGAUCACAAACUACUCGCCCAUCCCCAUGUCUGGUGCUCUCAUUUUGAAUUUACUGGCGAUCAACGUGAGCUUUACAAGCAUUUAUUUUUACCUGGACACAGUUCAUCUUCUGCUGUUGGAACUCCGACGACUUCGACUUCAGCGAAGGCCAAAAAUCUCGCAGUUGAUGAUAGGGUUUGCACAAAAUGCUCUAAACUCUGCUCCACACUGUCGGAGCUUCACAGACACAUGCUGGAGUGCGGCGGCGACCAGGCCUGGUUACUGGGUCUCUUUGGCAAAGGGAAGAAAAAAUGCAAGUGGCGGCCUUUUGGCAGCCGUAGCAGGAGGCGCCGACAACGAGGGAUGAAGAGAAACAUACAGAAUUCACAGACGACGAGGGUCAAUCAGCCAAGGGAGAAACAACCCAGUGGUCCUAGAGUGCGACCGAGUGAUCAUGAGAGUAUCCAGAAAAUGUUAGCAAAUUUACCACCCAAGAGAUCAACACGUCGAGACGUACAGGAAACAGCACAAAGCAGACCACGAAAAGUCCAGACAAGAUCAAAACUCUCGGCGGACACUUCGAACACGCGUCUAUCCAGCAAAACGGUCUUGCGAAAUAAGCUACUGAAGAAUGCUAAAUUAUUUCAACGCAAGCGGUGUCGCGGUGAUAAUAUAACUGCCGCAAUAGAGAGUGUUAUUAGUAAUUACAAGUCUACAGAUGCUGUAACCAAUAACCUUGAUAACAAUAAUGAAAAUAAUAAUAAACAACAGUAUGAUAAUGACGGUGAGAGUAGCAACGGUAGAGGCACCAGCAUUAGCGGAUCUAAAGAAUUAAAGGAGACGGAAAAGUUUGAAAGUUCACCCGAGUCGCAACGUCGCACAUCCGCGGCCGUUCAAGUCGACAAGAAUGCGAAAUUAAAUAAUCGAUCUGGGGAAUUUGCUGGGCGAGUUAGGGUUGUUAGUAAAAAGAAAAAUGUUAAAAUUAAUUUUAAACGUACAAAUGCAGCUUUUAAAUCAACUGUCGCUUCCUCGAAUAUUACAAAACAACAACAACAAGUACAGACGGCUAAUCAAACAAACAAGAUUAAAGGUACAUUAAAGAGAUCAACUAUUAAAACUACUACUGCUUCUGCCAACAGUUUAUUGACACAAAAAAAUGAUACUAUUAAAUUACGUAAAAGAAAAACGGCAGAUCCGAGUUUAUCGCACGCAUCGAUUAAAGCUAAAUCCCAAUUACGUAGUCAGGAUGGUAAAUUUAAACGUGAUCCUCAACAAAGUACAUCGUUACGUCGGGGAUCCUCGAGUGUUUCAGUGACUUCUGAAACUAGUAACAGCCCUCGGAUUCAACACAGUGAUUCUAGUUCAUCACUUGUUACGCGAUCCCGUGUUAAAACAGUUGUAGGUAACAGUGAUAAGAAGAAAAAUUUUUCUAAAAAUGGAGAGCUGGUGAAAAGAGUCACCAGAGUGUCUUCCGAUGAUAAAAUGCCCACCUUGGAGGCUGACGGCCUGACGACUGUCAAGGCGACAGAAGCCGCCGAAAAAUUGUCCGAUCUUCCUAUUUUGUCACCAAUCACUUCAACUUCUCGUAACUCCCGAGCUAAAAAAUUGAAUUCAAUGUCCAAAAAUAAUAAUGUGUUGCGUAAUAAAAAUAAAAUUAAUAAUAAUAAUAAUUCUGUUAAAUCAACGGGAGCAAGAGGAAGACAAAAACAAAUAGGCGCUAAAAAGAUGAAUAAAAGUGUUGAUAGUUGUCCGGGCAGUAGUAAUAAUAAUAAUAAUAAUUAUAAUAAUAAUAAUAGUAAUAGUAAUAGUAAUAGUAAUAGUAAUAGUAAUAAUAAUGAAAGUAGUAGUGAGAAAGUAGAAUUAACGGUAGAAGAAAAAGACGACGCGAGUUUGAAACAAGGCCGGGAUCGUAGAGUAAGAAAAGGGAAGUCUCUUUCACCAAGAGUUUCCUCAGCUACUACUGACGACAAAGAUGAUUCACUUGUAAAGAGACAGGAUAGUUCUUUGGAAGACACCAAGUUUGCUGAAGACGAGUCGUCUGCCAGCGGUGACAUGAAGAAGAACUCCAAGGCCUUGCUCGUCGGUUCCGAUAAAAAAAAUGAAAUAAACAAAGUCGAGUCACGUAAAGCACGACAGGAACGUCGAGCGGGAUCAUUAGAAGAGCUUUCUAAUUUGCAGCAAGUGCCGCUUGAAGUUAAAAAACUACUGGGUCCAACGGAUGACCUUUUCAGUCAGAUAGGUAUCACUCCGCCGGUUAAAGUUUUUAGCGGUCGUGGUCGCGGUCGCGGUCGCCGUCGUCGUGGCCUCAAUCGUUUUAAUGCAACUCGGGUUAAUAACAAAAUAAUUACCCGGCAGAAUAAAACCGACGAGAUUAAUAAACAAGAGUCCGCUGAAUUACUUAAUAAGACGAGUGAUAAAAUUGAUAAGAGUGUUGGUAAAAAAGUUACGCGAAGUGAGAAGAAGAGUAGCAGCGAAGUGAUUGAUAAGAUAAAAGAAAUAAUCCAUUUACCGGAAAAAAUAUCUGCAGCUGAUGUUGAUGAUAAUAAAUCAGCAGAAGUGAUUACAAGUAAUGACGAUAACUCAUUGAAAGUAGGAUCGGUAAUCGGAAGAAGCUUACGACGUAGAAAAUCGUCAAUUGACGUCGACGCUAGUUCAAUUAAAGCAUUAGAGUCUACCGCAACGGGUUUACCGACGACAAUGGUACCAGUGAAGAGCGUUAAUAAUUGCGACAAGGAGACAGACAAUGAGGGUGAAGGAGCAGUACCGGAAGAACGAGAACAGGAAAAAAAUAAAGAAGCCAAGGAGGCUGAUGCUGCUGCUGCCAGUGCCAGCGCUGCUGAUGAUAGCAAGAACGACGACGACUACGACGAGGACUACGAAGACAAUGAGAGUGAAGAGAAGAAGAAACUUGUGACAGCUGAUUUAGUGAGUUUAAGUUUUGAGCAUCUUCAGCAGGAGUCGAGUAACUCUAACAUUGACAGCGGGAAAGAAAAUUCCUCGGAGACGCCAGUCAACAUAUCAAAGCCCAAAGUAUCCCGGCCUAAAAAGUCACGGGGUUCAAAACGUGAUCGCGUUGUCAAGCGAACGUUAAAUAACGUAAUUGGAAUUCUCACUGAAGGCGUUAAUAUUCCAGUUGAAGUUCAGCAGAGUGUUGUACUUACGGUGCAAACCUCCAUCGAUAAUAAUAUUAGUCUGAAUACUGGCAUUAAUAAUAACAACAAUGGUAACACCAACACUAACACUAACACUAAUUCCAAUUCUAAUAGUAAUAACAAUCAUAAUAAUGGCAGUAAUGGUGCGCCGGCUGUUCAAAAUAAUCGAACGGAAUUAGGUGGUGAUAAUAAUAAUACCGCUGAUAAUGCUAACGCAGUAGUAGUGUCUAAUAGCGCAGCUAAUGAAAAUAUUGUUGACGAUGCCCGUAAUAUGAUUGAGUGCGUUGCUAAUGACGGUAAAGAUGAAACAGCGAGUCAAGAAAUCCAGCGCGAUGUUAAUACUUCUGAUGAUAAUUCCGAACCGCGGGUCGCUGAUACACAAGUCGAGUUGAGUCAAGCUGAUAAUGCGAUUUGCAAAUCGAGUACAUCUCCAGCAUUAACAGCAGCCCCAGUAUCGACACCAGUUCCGGUACCAGCAACUGCUAAUGCCGAACCAACCAAUGACAUUAUUCUGGAUCUCUCAAGACGUAAACCCAGAGGCAAAGGUUCCUUUUUAGAAAAAAUAGUAUCGAAAAUAGCCAAGCAAAAAGACGCGUUGCUGGAGGGCGAAGUUGGUUCAUUGCUUGAUCAUGCGGUUGAUGAGCUCAGCAUUAUUUUAGACGAAGUUGGCCCGACUCUUGAAGCGACAACCACAAGUACAACAACAAACACUGACACAAGUACCGCGGCUGUUAAAUUAGCGGGUAAAAAAGAUGAAGCUGAAGGAUGUGGAGGUGGAAAAUCUGCAAGCAGUGAUGAUAAAAGUUUUAUUGAUACGGAAAACGGUAAUAAAGAAGCUGAGUUUAUGGAAAGGGAGCUAGAGAACAAGAAUAAGGAACAAGAGAUCCCGUUAGUGCUAGAGCAAGAGCUAGAGAAAGAUAAGACAGAGGAUACUUUAAUUAUUCGCGAAAGUUUACCUACUCAGGAAUCUUUAAAUGCUAAUCUUUUAGAAUCAAUUACAAGUAAUGAUACACAGUGUAAUGAUACUUUAAAGUCUAAUGAUAAAGUGAUAAUUGGUACUUGCGAGGUAAAUAAAAAAAAGCGGUCGUUGGAAAUUGUCGAGACUAAAAACAAACGCAAGUCUGUUGAAGAAGAUGAAAUAGAGUGCAAUCGUAUUGAGGAGGAUUUGUGCUUAGCCGAUAUUAUGAAGUUGAUAAAUAAUGCCAAGCGCGAAUCAUCCUCGGAGGUUGCUAAUGAAAUAAACGAGGGAAUACGCCCGGGUAAGAGAAAAAAUAUCGACUCGAAAAUAAAGGGUGAUGAUAAUGACUACAAAGAGGGUAAAGUUCUCAGUACGGGGGAUAAAAGUGAUGGAAAAACUGAUGUUCUCUAUGCAAAUAAAAAGACUAAGCUCUGUGAUGAAGACAAAGAUGACAAAAUAUUGGGUGAGGUUGAGAAUAUUAAAGCGGGUUGUGAUAUAAAUAAUUUACAAGCUCAGAAGAUAGAAAAGCUCGAUGAUAAAAUAAUUAUUGACAGCGUCAAAGUUUUCGGUGAUUUACCGGUAAAGCCAAGUCCUAAACGUAAAACUAAAUCCAAAGAAUUUAUUGCGAGUGAUAAAUUUAAUUUAAAUGAACAAGUUGCGCCCAAAGAUUCGGUUUCAAAUUUAAAUACCGCGUCGAUUACUGAAAUAACUUCAACUUCCAUUUCAACUUCGAGUUCUUCUUGUAAUAUUAAUAACUCUGAUAAUGUGGAAAGUUCAAACGAUAUUUCAUUAAGCAUUGAUCAAACUAUUUUAUAUGUUAGUAAAGCGGAAGAGUUUAAAAUAGAUGAGAAGCCAAUAAAAUCAAAAAAGCGACGCGGCAAAAAAAGGUCAUUGGCAAACGAACAUUUGCAGUUGCCGGAAGAUAAAUCAAUUGGAGAUAUUAAUAACAUGGUUACGGAGCUGACGAAAGAGACCGAACCAGUAGAUGAGUCAUUAAAAACUCCUGAGGAUCAGAUUCAGGUUCAGGUUCAGCAAACAAAGACCCGGGGCUCAAAAAAGAAAUCACUAAAUGACCAUUCAGUGGAAGACAAAACAGUUGCUGCGAAUCUGCGUAAAAAAUCAAAAGAACGACGAGAUGUUUCAUCUGGGGCUGAUAGUAAUCAGAAUGACGGCAAGGAAAAGUUAAUUUCCGAACCGCGACCGCGCGGCCGAAGACCCAAGCGCAAACCCAGUGACGCUGAUGUUACUUUUCAAAUUCCCGCAGCCAAGGAUACUAAACAGUCUAAUGACGCCGAUAAUUCAAAUGACACGUUAAUUGAACGACGUAAAACUUUGAAGAGGAAAGCUAAAGAGAAUGUGUUUUUAAUUGAAGAUUUACUUGAUUUUGGUGAUGACUUAGACAGCGACUCGGAGUCCGUAGCUGCGGCUGUCAAAAUUUCUCAGGUUAAUGACCAUAGUUUAGAGGAAGUGAGUAAAGAAUCCGAUAAAAUGGAGACUGGUAUAGAAAAUAAGCCGACGGAAAAUAUUGAACUAGUUAAAGUUGAUAAAAAAAUAGUAUCUGGGACUGAUGAGACUCUUGAGCUUCAACCAGCGGCUGCAGAGGUCGUCGGAGAAGGAGCAGCAGCAGGAGCAGAAGCAGAAGCAGAAGCAAAAGUAGGAGUAGUAGCAGCAAAUGAAUCGGGACUAGAGAACCCAGAAAAUCAAGUCGAAGAUAGUUCGAGUUUGAAAAAACGUGCGUCGGGUAAUUUUGCUGUCGUCCAUACUAAAUCUGGGGAAAUUCUUAUUGUUGAGAAGAAGAAAAAAUUCACAAAGGAAGCUGCUAAAUUUUUCUGCGAAGUUUGCACGACUAGUUUCACGCGCAAGAGUUCCCUGAAAAAACAUAAUUUGUCCCAAUCGCAUCUGAUACAAGUGAGCAAAAUUGCCGGUAUUGAUCAGGAGAAUGGUAUUAAUCAGCAGCAGAAUCAACAGCAGCAAGAGGAAUCAAUGUCCCAUGAUGACGCCACUGUGUCGUCUAUCGAUCGCUGCGAAACAGUUACCGGAAAUUCAGAAGCUGACGCUUCACAGGCUUUAACUUCGGCUUCAAUUACGCAGGAGAAUAAAGAUAAAGACGAUACUGAAAAAACUUAUAGCUCUGCUGAUGACAGAGAUAAAAAAGAUGAUGAGUUUAAAGAAACACUGCCCGAGGAACCUCUGAAUGAAGUGGCGCAACCAGAUUUGCCGCAGAGUAAUACCGAAGAUACUAGUAUUAAAGCUGGUAGUUUAAAUCCUCCGCUACAAACAUCAGAUCUUGAGGACGAGCUACUUGAUGAAGAGAUUUCUAAAAUAACUGAGAACAUGACUCAUGAUGAGUACGUAUUAACAGAUCAAAUAAGUCCACUACCCGAUGGCACUUCAACGCCAUUGAAACAAACCGCAGACUCUCUUUCGGAAGUCCAGCGUAAAAUAAAUCUCGCUGACGAGCAUUUGGAUUUAGACUCACCGCCUUUGGCUGAUAAAAUAAUAACUCAAGUACACUCUGAUAAAGAUACUGAUGUAAAUGCCUCAUUUAAUAGCGAGGUUAAUAAUUUAGUAGAUAAACGGGAGCAUAAACAGGUAAUUAAUAAUAAAUAUGACGAUGAUGUUUCGACUAAUUUACUGCCACCCAAAAAUAAUACCGAUCAAUUAGUGACGCUUGAUAAAAUUAGUCUGUUGUCAUCAACGGUAUUGACGUCAUCGCAGUUGUUGACGAGUGAUUCGAAACUGAGCUUAGACUUUUCAAAUAUAACUGAAAAAUUAAAGAGCAACGAAUUUAUAAAAAACAAUAAAAAUUCAAGUCUGAUUGAAUUCGAUAGCGAUGAAGAUUCAAGGAAAAGUGUAUCUCGUGACAUACAAAAAUUAUUGAGCGCCGAGCAAUCAAAUUUAGGUGGAGAGUACGAGGACAAUGAAGGUGAUAAAAAUUUAUCUUGUGAUAUCGAAACUAAAAGCGAGGACGUGACUAAAAAGAAGAAGAAGGAAAAGGAGAAGGAGAAGGAAAAGGAAAAGAGUUUAAUUGUUGGAAUUAAUAAAAAUUUUGUUGAUGAUAAUGUUAAAGACAACAGUUUUGAUUUGAAUAUUAAGGUGUCCAAGUCGCGAGUCAAGAAGAAUCGGGGAAAUAAAAAAAAUAAGUUUACAGAGGGCAGUAAUAACAGCAGCAGUGAUAGCGAAUAUGAUAACGAUAAAAAAGAUACCGCGGGGCAAAAUAAAAGUAAAAUUGUUAAGAGUGUGUUUGGACGGGUGUUGACUGCUGGGGAGAAGGCUGAUAAAGUUAAAGAAGUACUCGAUGACUGGGUGUCAAAGUCAGACAGCGAUUCGCAUGACGACCGGACAAAUAAUUGGCGUAAUUGGAAUAAUGACAAGAAAAAUAAUAAAUUGGAAAAAUCUGGAAAAACAAAAAAUGCAACGCAGAAUAAAAAAAUCGAUCAAUCAGUUACUGGAUCAUUGGAGGGAAAGUCAUCGUCGUUAAUGUCUGAGCACAAUGAAUUUACGAAUUCACGAUGUCGGCAGAGUAAAAAACGGGCGGAAGAAAGAAUCUCACGAGCAUUUGAAGAAGAAUCAAUACCUUACGAACUGGCGUAUGAAAUCAGUAAGCAUUCAAAUUUAGUUAAAAAUUCAAAGGAUAAAGAAAAAAAUGAAAAUGUUUAUGAUUUUAUCGAAGAAUCAGUAAAGUCAUGUGAUAAAUUAAAUAAUAAGAGUAAAGAUGAAUUUAUAAAUAAAAUAUUAGCAAAUAAUGAUAAAGCUGAUGAUAAAAAUGAUGAUGAAUUAAUGUCAAUUAAUAACCAGGAUAACUGUCUGAAGGAUUUAGAUGAUGAUAAAAUAAAUAAAGCUGAUGAAUUUUUAUUUAAUGACACAAAUUCAUUGGAAUCGAUUCAUACGCGAGUGCCCAGUUGCCCGCGCGAACGUUCUUCAACGCCAGAUAUGGUGUCACUUACGACACGUGACUCGGAAAAUGAUAUCGAAGCUCCCACUGAUAUUGACAAUGAUAAUGAUAACAACUAUGACAAUGACAAUGACAAUAAUGACGAUGAGAACGAAGAAGAAGAAGACGAUAUUGUCUGCGGUCGUUUAUCGCCUUCUUAUGCGAGUAAUUUACCCGACAGCUCGCGAGACAGUGAAACAACAAUUAGUAAAGAUAAUAAUGAAGACAAUGAAGAUGAUGACAAUGAGGAUGAUGAAAGUAUAAAAAUAACUAGACGGUGUUCGAGCGAAUUUUCCGGGGAAAAAAUAAUAAUACGCUCGUCGAAUGAGGAGAGCAGAUCGGGUGUGGUCACUAUUGCCCCGACGGACGCUAUUGAAGACAACGCGUUGGAUGUUCCGCCUCAGGAGACUCAAGAGCUCACUAAAAAAUCAUCACGAGAGGGAAAAGUUUUGAAUUUUGAUGAGGAAUUAUUUGUCGAGUGCUGCUCUAGAUUGAAAGCUACCACUGAAAACGAAUUGAGAGGGGCGAAAAAAAUUAAAUUGGAUCAUACGGAUAAUUACAGCAAAGAUGAGCAUCAGGAUAACAGAAAUCGUGCUCACUGGAAGGACGUCGAGAGCCAAAACAGUCUGGGAAGUCUUCUUGAAUCCGUUAAUCAGUUACUUGGCGAGGAAAUGUACAACAACCGCGAAAACGACUACCAGAAACGUAAUAGAAGUUUGCGAAGCAGCGAGAGACUCAGCCCAGUUUCUGAAGUUCAGACAGACUUUGUACGACCGGAAAAUCUUAGUUAUGAAGACAGCUUGGACGUCGCUUUCGAGCACAACAACAAACUGAGGGACAAAAUACAGCAGCGUAUGCGCGAAAGUGAAAAUUUAAUUGCCACUACAUUUGCUCAUAAAAACGAUACUAAUAUCAGUACUAAUACUCAUCCCAUUACCAAUACCAAUUAUAAUUACAACAAUAACGAUGAUCGUCGUCAUCACCAUCAUCAUCAUCAUCACCGCAAUCACCACCAUCGGCACAGUCAUCGCAGAGACAAAAGUUACGACAAUUCUAAUAAUUCCGAGGCGUUUAUUGCCGUCAAUGAUGAUGCUGAUGGUUAUGAUAGAGGUAAAGAGACUAAAUCUGUUUCUGGGGAAUCGAUGGCUAUUAAAAAUAAAAUAGAAUCUAAUUUUGAUGGCUUAUUAGACAAAGCAUUGUCUAAUAUACUUCAUAAUAAUGGCAAGCAUGAUCACAAUGGCUCAACUCCGAUGAACGUAUUGGCAGAAUUAGCAUGCGCGCAAGUACCAACAUCAACAAUAUCAGAAGUUAAAAUAAACCGAGAAAAAUUAUCAAAGAUAAAAAGUUUUUCACCCUCUAAUGAUAACGAUUGGACAAGUUUACAAAGUAAUGAUAAAGCUGAUAAAGAUCAACCAAAGAAACCUCUGAGGAAUCCAAUUAAAGAACUUUUUGAACGUAAAAAUGAACUCAACGACAGAAAACACCACCAUCAUCAUCAUCAUCAUCACUAUCAUCAUCAGCAGCAGCAGGAAAAAUUCAGCUCACUGAAUUUCCAGAGCGAUUCAUUUGGAUUAAAGCAGCACAAUAAUAAAAAUAAAAAAAUAAAACGUCAAGAUGAUGAGUACCACCACCCAUUGAUACGUAAAAGUCCCUUUGGCAUCGGCAUGCAGGAGCGCAAGAAACGACGCGGUGAUAAAAAGCGAGUCGAUGUACAGAACAAAGUCAAAGACGUUUACGAGUUCGACGACGAGGAAAGUCAAGCGGAGUCAGGAUUCAAUUCAACGCUCUCGCUCUACAGAAGCAGGACUGAAAAAGCUUACGAAGUUAAUUGCAUUAAAACAAAAGAAAUUAAUGUAGGAGAUUUGGUGUCCAAGACAAUUACUAAAUCACUGGACGCUGAUAAACCCGCGGACUCGAUGGACAAAAGACUUGAGAGUAUGAUCGAGCGUAAAUUUAAAGAAAUGGAAUCGUCGAUACCCAAAACAAAGGGGGCGUUGAAGUCUUUUAAUCUUGAAGAAAGGCAGCAGCAGCAGCAGCAGCAAUCAAUCACCGGACCCAUGGACAGUUUUGUAGAACGUAAAAGAUCAAAACGUACGGGCGAGUCAACCGCAAAACACAAGUCCAAAAAACGAAGUAAAAAUUCAAAGAAACGGUCGCGUAAUGCCUGGUAUGAGGAUGACAGCUCUGAUGAAUUUGUGACCGCGAUAAAGGCCGAUGGCAUUGGGGUUGGCAUAUCUAAGAGCCAGAGAACGUGCUCUAAAGGCAAGCAGAAUUUGUUCGCCGAACUAUCAAGCUCUUCUGACAGCGAGUACGAGGAUAGAGAUGAGCUUAAAAAUUUGUUCCGAGAUAGCAGAACGUCUGAUGGACCGAUCGGGGAAAUGGCCGACGGGGGGAUCAGUCCGAAAGCCGAUGGGGAGUUUAAUAAGUCUAAUGAAGAAGCGGACGUUGAUUGGAUCAGCGGCGCUCACUCGCGAGAGGAAAGCAGACAUGAGUUCGAUAAUAAAAAGAAUGUGUCCGAGUCUGAUAUGUCUGAUCGACCCUUGAUUAUUGACGAGCGCAAGGAGAGCGAGCACGACGACGUUAGUGUCAAUGGCAAUGAUAAUUAUAUUUAUCACGCCAACAAUGAUAACGAUAAUGACAAUGAUAAUGCUGAGGAUGAUGAUGAAACAGACAAUCGUUCAGAAGCAGCCUUCGAAUUGGAUGAUUUGUACCGCGAAGACAGCUCCGUUAUUGCUUCAGACUCGGACGACAGCGGCAACGAUGAUGAUAAAAAUACAGAGAUUGAAAAAGAUAAUUAUGAUGAUGAUAAUAAUAAAGAAAAGAAUGAAUUUAUUCCAUUAGACAAAGCCUUGGAUUUAUUAGACAACACUGAUACUGAUAAUGAUGAAUCGAUUCCAUUAGAAAAAGCUCUGGCUUUAUUAGACAGCACUGAUAAUGUUGAAAAAAUAUUUGAUGGAUCUGCUGUCGGACGUAGAUCUAGAUCUAAAUCGAAAUCAAAAUCAAAAUCUAGAUCAGCUUCACCCCAGGAAAAAAUAAAUUAUGAAGAAGUUGAAAGUAAAUUGUCGAUUGCUAAUGAUGAUUACGAUGACGAUAAUGAUGAUUUGGCGGACGAUUUACCGGAAAAACUAUCGACUAAUGAAAAGCCAGAGGAAAAACCAUCGGACAAUCUACCGCUCCACGUUUUUCUGAGUCGAAAAGUUCAAGAAUCAAAGAAGCGUAAAGAAGAGCAGUUGAAAAAAUUAAAAAAACAAGAAGAAGAGGAGGAAGAACGUGCGGCUCUGUCGAUCAAUAUGGAAUUCCAAUCGACGCGUCGACAACGAAAGUGUGCUAUUGGUAAACAAGGUCUGUUGGCUGAAAUAAGCAGCUCCGACGAGGAAUACUAUUUCAAAGAGACGGGGAAGCGCGGGGCCAAUGAUAAAAUAGAUAACGGGUGCGACAAGUCACGGCGACAAAAGCGCGAGUCCAAGGAGAAAAAGAAGGAGCGUUACAUUGAGAAGAAGCACGAGCAGAUGAUUGCUAAAGAGCAGAAAGCCAUUGAAGAGGAAAUUUUACGUGAGCUUGAAUUAAAGCGAGACGCCAGUAAUAAGGAGCUAGAUGUUGGUAUCGAUAUUGCUGCUGAUGUUGACGCUAAUGCUGUUGCCGUUGCUGCUCCUGUUGUUAAUAAGGACACCGGGGGCAAAAAAAAUUUAUCUAAGGACGUUAUCAGUGAGGGCGAUAGCGCCAAGAGGAAGCACCGAGUGAGCAAGAAGAUUUCUGGUGAUUUUAAAAGUAAUAAAGACAAAGAUAAAUUCAGUAGUGAUACAGAAAAUAAAUGUGAGAAAAGUACUGAGGUUAAGAAAAAUAAAAAUAAUAUUAGCGCUGGUAAAAAGGAAUCACAGUCGAGAAAUUCAUCAAACACAAAUUCUAAUUCUAAUAAUAGUAAUGGUAAUAGCAGUAGCAAUAGUAAUAAUAAUAAUACUGGUAGUGGUAAGAAAUCGGGUGUCAGGACAAAUAGGAAAUCAGCAAACAAGCGAAAUAACAAAAGCACCCAUGAAAAUUCCCGUGCCAAUGGCAGCGGUACCGACGACGAAGAGCUCAGGACCACCAAGUCCUGGAACAAAGUCGAGGAGGGCGUAGGUGUCGCUAUCGGGCGGCGAAAAAGGGCCGCCGCGAACCAACUUUACUACUGGUCGAGUUCCAGCGACGACGACGAGGAGUUCAUCCAGCCCUCAAAGACCGUCGAGGAAGAAGACGACCGGCAGGAACAGCACGGAUGGAUCGUCGGGGACUCCCACAAAAAAAUGAUAACGAUGCUGGCCAUGGAGAAGAAGCUCAAAGAAAAGCGACGCAGGAGCGAGGAUGACUGUAAUGGAAAAAGUAAAAAUAAAAAACAUAGAAAUAGUACGUCUUGAUACGUGUUUCACGAUUAGGUUAAUUAUUAAUUAUUAGAAUAAUUGAUUUUCAUUUAUUAAUUAACUCGUAAUACUGGUCAGCAUAAUUAUUUAAAUCUGUAGGUUCAUCUUAUCGUUAAUUAACUUUACAUAAUUAGUUUUUUUGGUCCUGUACAGCGAUUACAUGAUAAUAUAAUUAUGAUAAAUUUGAGACUGGUUAUUUAAAAUAUUCAGCAAGUGUAAUUUAACAAUAAACUGCCAGGAAACGCUUAUGAAAAACUUAAAAAAAAUUGUAAGCAAACAAGUGUAUACUCAUGACCGAGAUUUUUUCCUGCUUUGCGUCGUGAUUUUAUUUAAAUAAGUAAUUAUUUAUAUUGUUUCCUCGCGUUUUAAUAUAAGUAUAUAUAAGUAUAUAUAUAUUAAUAAUUAUAAGCUUGAGCUAAAAAAUAACUUUAUAAAUAAUAGAUAAGUAUGAGUGUAUUGAGUAUCGAUAAUUAGUUACAUUAUUUUAUUGACAAUGAAAAUUUUUCAUUGGCCACUGAAUUUUUCCACUUUAAUUAGUAAGAGUAAUUUGAGUUCUCUAAUGGACAAUGCAUUGAAAAAAAUUUGAAUGGGUCCAAUUAGAAUUUUGUUGUUGGCUUAUUUGUGAUUACGAUCAAUCAGGAGUUUAUACUUUUUAUUUUUUUUUUGAAAUUUGAAUUUGCGCGGUAAAUUUACAAACAAAUUAGAGCGGCGUUGAUUUGAUUUUUUUAUUGAUAGUAAAAAUUAAUGCUUGAAUGUCCGGUUGCUUUGUGACGAAAUUUUUUUGUUUUAGGAUCUCAUUGUAGUGAUUUUUAUAAUUUAUAAGAUAGCAUAGUAAUGAUAAUUAUUAUAAUUAUGAGGUAAUUUGAAUAGAGAAGCUUAUGAUGAUUAAUCUCGACGAGAGUCACAACUUUUUUUGUAAAGUUAGAUUUCAAUUAUUUAUUGAAAUUAAAAUUAAAGAACUGCACAUAUAAAUAAAUAUAUAUGGAGAUAAAUAUAUAUAUAUAUUGAAGAAAAAAAUCUUUAUGAAGAUUUUUCAAGAUACGAGUGCUGUUUAAAUAAAAUUAUAUUGUAAAUCUACUGCCAUAAUCACAUUUACGUCGAGAGCCUAAAAAAAAUAUAAAUUAUAAUUGAUAAUUGUAGUUAUUAAAAUUAGCUAUAAGUUUUAUGUAAAAUUAAUAAUAAGUAGACAAUAGGUUGAUAUCAAUGUGGAUUACAUUAAUUAUUAUUUGUCUGUAAAGUUUGAAAAAUGUUGGCACAAAAUAAUAAUAAUAAAAAAAUAAAAAACAUAACAUUCAAUGUAAAUAUAAUGUAUUUUGAAUGUGUCAAGUAUGUUUUGUAAUAUAAGCAUUGUGAAAAAAAUAAAGAUUA